CUAUAAUCAUUAUUCUCAGAGAAACAAUAUCUAGAGCCAAAAUAAGUUUACGCUACACAGUUUUAUUUGAUUUCACAUGGAGCAACAAACACAUGAUAAAUACUGACUUCUAGUUUCAGGUGCUGAAGAUGUAAAGAAGAGUUCCUGCAGAGCUGCUGCAGUGUUUCUGGGUCUGCUGUGUCUUCUCCUCCUGGCUGGACUCAUAACUCUGGUUUUCCUCUACAUCCGAGGCAGGUCUGAGUGGGAAAAGGAGAUGGUCCAGAUACAGACCGACUACAGCAACCUGACUAGAGAGAGAAAUGAGUUAAACAACAGCUACAACAUCCUGGCUGAAGAACAAGACCAACUUCAAAAAAGGUUUGAAGAGAUGAACAAUGAGAGAAAAGAUUUUCAAAGAAUGAUUCAAGACAAACGUCACUGUGGGUGCUGGAGAAGUUUUGGCUCCAAAUAUUACUACAUAUCCUCUGAGCAGAAGACCUGGGAGGAGAGCACAGAGGAUUGUCGGCAGAAAGGAACUGACCUGGUGAUCAUCAAUAGUGAAGAAGAACAGCGAUUUCUUAUUGCUCUCAACAAAAGAGUUUGGAUCGGGCUGACUGACCAAGAAAGAGGAGGGUGUCUGGAAAUGGGUGGAUGGUCAGCUCUGAGCACAAGGUAUUGGUUACCUUCACAGCCUGACAACUAUGGAGAAGAGGAUUGUGCAGAGAUCCCAGUGGAUGACCAUGACCCUUUAUUGAAAUGGAAUGACAUACCUUGUUCACAAAACAAUUUCUGGGUGGUGGAGGACUGCUACAACACCCUGGAGCCAUAA